AUGCCGUCAAGUAAUGGUCAAGAACAGCCAGAAGCGACUGUAUUUUACGUUGGCGGUGAAUACAUUCAAGAUGACCGAGGAACGCAUAUGACCGGAUCCAUGUGCGUACGACGCUACGGGAAGAAAGUUCCUGGACAACCUGCCAUUGUCUUCAUACAUGGUGCAGCCCAAACGGGGACACAUUGGGAGGCAACACCGGAUAAUCGGCCUGGCCUAGCCAUGCUCCAGGCCGCAGACAACUGGGAGUGUUACGUGGUUGAUCAGCCAGGAGUAGGACGAUCUCGUUAUCAUGCAGCGGACAUUGGAGAUCUUACUCAUUACACCGUCGAGGAGCUGGAGGCCGCCUUUACUGCGCCUCAACCUGAAAACUCGCCAUGGGCACAUCUCCAUACGCAGUGGCCCGGCUCCGGGAAGCGAGGGGAUCCCGUAUUCAACGCCUUUUACGCCAGCCAAGUCGGACAUAUCGGCAGCUACGCAAAGGUCGAGUCCCUUUUCAGGCCGGCAAUCAAGGCACUGCUAAACGGGAUCGGCCCGGCAUUUCUCAUCACUCACUCUCAGUCAGGGCCACUCGGAUGGCACGCUGCCGAUGUCUGUCCAGAGUUGGUCUGUGGCAUCGUGGCAUUGGAACCUCAUGGCCCACCGUUCCAGUAUCCAGAUUGUCCGCCGUUCAACUCCCGACCUGAGAUUGUCGGCAAGUUGAUACAUCCCUUUGGCAUUACGAGUACACCGCUACGCUAUGAUCCACCAUUACAAGAAGAUGCCGAUAAGUUGCCGUACGGAAUGUUGCCGACACGAGGCGAAGACAUGAUAGAGGAGAUAGGAAUAUACGCGGGUCUGAUGAAGGGUCCUCGGCAAGAGUAUCCUAUACGACGUCUCGAGAAUCUUGGUCAUAUUCCUGUUGUAUUGGUGACCGCUGAAGCAUCGUAUCAUGCAGGAUACGACCAUCUGACGACUGAGUUUCUCCGUGACGCAGGGGUUCCUGUAGAACAUGUCUAUCUGGCGGACCAGAAAAUACGUGGCAAUGGACAUAUGAUGGCAAUCGAGAAGAAUAACAGAGAGAUACAACAAUACAUUAGCAAGUGGCUGAGGAAGCAGGUUCCUCAUACCUUGUCAUAG